AUGUCUUUUCGCCGUGAGAUCGUUGACCUGACCGCCCCAGAUCCUGCCCAUCGUCCGGGCGGCAGGGACAGCCUAGGUGCUUUUGAGCGUGACUACAGCAGGGAAAGCAGCGCCACCCUGGAGCUGCAGGCUGAAGACAUCACCUUCCCGAGCAGCAUUGUCAACGACCAAGCUUUGCAAAGCGACCAGGACGAUGGCCGCACCCAGCCGCCACCCAGGAAGAUGCGCAUCCGCGGCGCAUGUCUGGCCAGCCUGGGCAUGCUCUACCCUGGCGCCAAGAUGGCUCUUCAUCGUAUAGGAAACCCCUUAGGCCCAGAUUUCGAGAUCACUGGCAGCACCCUGUUUUCUAUACGAGCUCUCGUCGACCAGCGUACCACCUUCCGCAUGACCAUGGUUCGCCCCGACGAGCCUACUGAAACCUAUAUCGGUUGGUCUGCUGCUGCGUUCGGACAGGAGCGUACGGCGGACGACUUUUGCGGGAUUCUGCAGCUUGGGAAAAGCGGAAUUGGCAGGCUGAUGAUGUUCACUGUUCAUACUGACGAGCAACGUGGAUGGGUUGUUGCUCGCCAAGUGCCAGGCCGGGACUACGACCUGCAGGCGUGCUUGGAAAUCAUGAAUGUUCCAAGUGAUUUCCGCCCCAUGAUCACAGGCUUCGGCCCUGAAAGGUGGACCAAUGGGGAGGCCAUUCCGCAGUUCUAUGUCGGCAAGGAUCUCGGCCUCAACAAUGUGACGGGUAAGAUUCGAGACAUUAUGAGGGACGGUUAG